GCCACCUCCUACUCCUCCCCCCAUUCCCUGACUUCAGACUCUCUGACCACACAGGCACAGAGCUGUACAGCAAACAGGGAGGAAGCUCUGUGCCCAUUCUGCUUAGCUUCUCUUUAUCCACCAUACACUUACUUUAUUUUGGCUUUUGUUUUCUGUUCUGCUGAGAAGAAAGUCUUGCCAGACCUGGGUUUCCCUGGCUUGGGGUUAGGCCAGCCUUACCUGUCUAUACCUCCAAACGUAAACUACUUUUCCUGAUUCGAAUGCUUUGUCAGCUGCUGAUCUGAAACAAAAUGAGUAUUAACGGAGGGUCCCAUACUCGGAUCAAUACCCUAGGCAGGCUCACUAGAGCAGAGUCUGGCCCGGAUCUAAGGUAUGAGAUGAACAACCACCAUAAAAUGGUUGGAGGUGGAGGAGGAGGAGGAGGAGGAGGAGGAGGAGGAAUGUCGCAGAAGAUGUACUAUGCCCAGCAAAGCUACAGUGAACAUACCGGAGAUGGCUAUGGACAAACUGGCACAAUGUCCCGGCGGCCAAACACUGUUCAGGAUAUGCUUCAGAAUAUUUCAGAUAGCCUAAUUCGCGCUGAACUAAUUGCACAACCUGAGCUGAAAUAUGGAGAUGGAAGUCAGCUGGCCCGUAACAGAGAACUGGAUGAGUGUCUUGGGGUAGCUCAUGAGCAAAUGGAGAUGGUAGAUGGCUUGAUCAGAGAAAUGGGAUUAAUGGGACAGCCAUGUGAAUCCUAUCACAGGAGGCUGCUUCAGCUUCAAGACCAAAUGCGUGCCCUUGACAAAGCUAUUCAUGGUCCGCGUAUACGCAAAGGAUCUAAAGGUGGCGGGUUUUCUUCUCAGAGUGGCUCGGGAUGGGAUGACAUUACUAAGCGGAUAACUAAAGAAACCUUAACUCAGAUUCGUCAGCAUAGACUUCAGAUGGAAAAUGUCAGUUGGGGAUUUGAUGCUUCGUCGGUAGAGCAGCAAAUUGCUAACCACAGAAAGUUCCACAACGCCAUCGCUGACUACCGAUGGGAACUUGACAAAAUUAAGGCUGAUCUGCGAGAAAAAGGAGCAAUUUAUCAACUAGAAGAAGAAUAUGACGCAUUGCUGAAAGCAUCAUUUGAAAGAAUGGAUCAAUUGCGGCAGCUACAGAGCAUCAUCCAAGCCACGUCUAAGGAAAUCAUGUGGAUCAAUGAUCGAGAGGAAGAAGAACUAGUCUACGAUUGGAGUGACAAGAACACGGACAUUCCCAGGAAGCAGGAAGCUUUCUCUAAACUUAUGAGCCAGUUGGAAGUUAAAGAAAAAGAUCUUAACAAGCUCAAACAAGAAAGUGACCAGUUGAUAAUGAAUCAGCACCCAGCAUCAGACAAGGUUGAGGCUUACAUGGAUACCCUGCAGACCCAGUGGAGCUGGAUUCUUCAGAUUACCAAAUGCAUUGAUGUCCAUUUGAAAGAAAAUGCUACCUACUUCCAAUUUUUUGAAGAAGCACAGAGCACCGAAAACUACUUGACAAAUCUGCAGGACACCAUCAGAAAGAAGUACCCAUGUGAUAAAAGCAUGCCACUGCAACGUGUCUUGGAAAUGAUUAAAGACCUAGAGAAAGAACGAGACAAAAUCAAUGAAUAUAAGAGACAGGUUCAGAACCUGGUGAACAAAUCCAAAAAAAUAGUACAGCUCAAACCCCGGAACCCAGACUACAGGAGAGACAAACCUAUCGUCCUGAAGGCUCUCUGUGAUUACAAGCAGGACCAGAAAGUAAUACACAAAGGCGAUGAAUGCAUUCUGAAGAAUAACUCUCAGCGCAGCAAGUGGAACGUGACAGGUCCUGGUGGGCUGGACAUGGUGGUUCCUUCAGUCAGUUUGAUUAUUCCACCGCCAAAUCCAGGAGCUGUGGAUUUGUCUUCCAAUAUUGAACAGUUUUAUGAAGCAAUUUUGACUCUGUGGAACCAACUUUACAUCAACAUGAAGAGCUUGGUGUCCUGGCACUACUGCAUGAUUGACAUUGAGAAAAUUAGGACCAUGACCCUUGCUAAGCUGAAGACUAUGCGCCAAGAAGACUAUCAAAAGGUAGUUACAGACUUGGAGGUACACUAUCAGGAAUUCAUGAGGAACAGCCAGGGCUCAAACAUGUUCGGGGAUGAUGAGAAGAGGAAAAUGCACUCUCAGUUCUCCGAAGCACAAAAGCAUUAUCAGACCCUGGUGGUACAGCUCCCCACCUACCAAACCACUACUACUAGUAUUAAGACAAGACCGCCUCAAAUAAGCAAUGAGGUAGUAGAAAUCGUCACCAACACCACUUCCUCUAAUGUGAAAGGGAGCAAACCUGUAGGGGCUGACCAGGAUCGGCUGAAACAAGAGAGCUGGCUGUUACUUGAACUGCAAAAAAUCCGCCAGCAACUGGAGAUCAAUGAGACCAAACUUCUGCACAGAAACGUGUAUUUUGUUAAUCAAGAGACGCUCAGAGACAUCCCAUACAGAAUUAAUGAUAUAGAGACUGUGAGAGGAGAGGGACAAGGGUUAUCCGCACAAAUUAGCAAGAUUAAGGAGAUGAUUUUGAGUUUAAAGGACUCUGAUAAAUCCUCAUACCUGCAGUCUGAGCUUAAUGUCCUCUUAAAGAAAAUGGAGAAUGUUAAUGGAUUUUCUGCAGACCACUUGGAGAGACUCCAGUCACUGAGGAUUUUACUUCAGAGUAUUCUUCAGAUAGAAGAUCUGAUCAAGGUUUAUGAAGCCAGGUUGACAGAGGAAGAAACCAUUUCUCUUGAUCCAGCUAAAGUUGAAGCAUACAGAACUUCCUUAAAGAAAAUGAAAAUGGAGCUGGAGCAGAAAAAGUCACAGCUGAAUGCAAUGGAUGCAGAUUUGCAGAAAACCUUACAAAUCAAUGACCGUGUCUCUCAGUCCUAUCCUUACUGUGAGGUGGACAUCUCCAAGUUCUCUGACAAGGCCAAUCAGCUGUCUGAGCGUUGGCAGCGUAUAGAGAAGGAGAUUGAUGACCGGUCAUGGGAACUGGAGAAGCAAGCAAAACAGCUGAGCAAUUAUAAAGACAUGUACCAGGCACUAAGCAAAUGGAUAAGUGACACUAAGCACAAGCAAGAUGUCUUGGAGUCUGCCAAGCUUUCAGAUUCAAGCACUGUUGCAAGAUAUCUAAGUGAGCAAAAGAAUUUAAAUGGAGAAAUACAAGGCAAAAGAGAAAAGUUAGAAGAGGUGCUGAGAUCUGCAGACCAAUGUGCAUCAUCUAUCAAGGAUUAUGAGCUCCAAUUGGCAUCUUACAGCUCUGGACUGGAAACAUUACUUAACAUUCCAAUAAAAAGGACCAUGGUGCAGUCCCCUGCUACAGUCAUUAUGCAAGAGUCUGCUGACAUCCAGGCACGCUACAUUGAGCUGCUUACCAGAGGAAAUGAUUACUACAGAUUUCUGCAUGAAAUGACAAAGAACAUGGAAGACUUGAAGAUGAAAAACACUAGAAUUGAACUGCUAGAAGAGGAAUUGCGACUUACUAGAGAUUCAAAUUCAGAUAAUUCUCAGAAAAAUAAAUUUCUUGAUCAGAAUCUGCAAAAGUAUCAGAUAGAAUGUUCAGAGUAUAAAUCAAAACUCCUUCUCCUGGAGGAUAUGAAGCGGAAAGCUGAAAUGGACGGAACUUCUGCAAAACAGAACCUUGACAAGUGCUAUAGUCAGAUAUCAGAACUGAAUGAGAAGAUAACUAGGCUUACCUAUGAGAUAGAUGAUGAGAAAAGAAGGAGGAAAGCACUAGAGGACAGGUGUCAUCUCCAGAAGAAUGAAUUUGAACAAGUACAACAAAAAAGACAAAGUGAAUAUGAUGUUGUUAACCGUCAAAAAUUAGAAACGGACAAGAUAAUCAAGGAAAAGGAGUAUGAGAUAGAAAGACUAAGGGUUCUUCUUCAGGACGAGGGACAGAGGAAGCGGGACUUUGAGAAUGAGCUGACAAAGGUAAGGAAGCAGUAUAGUGACGAAAUCAGUAGUUUGAGGAACAAGUAUGAAUCUGAAAUAAACAUUACCAAGACUACAAUACAGCAAAUAACCGUUCAGAAGGAAGAAGACACAUAUGAACUAAGAGCUCAGCUUGAGAAGCUUGCCAGAGAAAACAGGGAUCUUACCCAAGAAAUAACCAGACUUAAUGACACAGUUGUCCAAGUAAAUGAGCAUCGCAGAAAGGCAGAAGAAGAUGCCUUUCAGCAAAAAGCCUCAGGCUCCGAGCUUUCUCAGAGAAAGCAACACCUUGAAACAGAAUUACAGAAAUUAAUUCAUGUUCAUUCAGAGGACAUUGCAAGAUACAAGAUUUCCCUGGAAGAAGCUGGCAGGACAAUUCAGGAGAAAAACAAUGAACUUGAAAAGUUUAAGUACCAACUUCAGGAGGAGGCUGCACGACAGAGACAAUAUGAAAACGAGCUUGUAAAGGUAAGAAACAGUUAUGACGAUCAGCUUAUAAAUUUAAAGAACAAGUAUGAGACAGAAAUUAACAUUACAAAAACCACCAUCCACGAAAUAACUGUUCAGAAAGAAGACAACAUCAGUGACUUAAGUAUACAAAUCGAUAACUUAACAAGAGAGAAACGGGACUUGCUGACCGAGGUCAACAGACUGAAGAUCUCACUGACACAAAUGACAAACAACCUGAAAAAAACAGAGGAUGACUCUUACCAACAGAAGUCUUUGGCAUCGGAAAUAACUCAAAAGAAACAGCAGCUAGAGAUUGAACUGAGGCAGCUCAAUAGUCUUAGGACCGAGGAGGAACACAGACACAAAAAAUCCCUUGAAGAUGCUGCCAAAACCAUUCAGGACCGCAAUAAGGAAAUUGAGCGACUGAAAAAAGUUAUAGAGGUUGAAAUAGACCAAAGGAAAAAACUUGAGGGUGAGCAUGUUCAGUUACAAAGGACCCACUUUGACUUGCAGAAAGCCAACAGCACUGCCACAGAGACUAUAAGCAAACUUAAAAUCCAGGAACAACAGUUAUUCAAACUUCAAUCAGAUUUUGAAAAACUAUCGCUAGAAAAGCAAGGAAAGGAAAACGAUAUAAACAGACAUCAGUCUAACCUGAAAGACAUGCAAACACAAAAGAACAAACUGGAGGAAGAGAUAAACCGUCAAAAAAGAAUUGCUUCCGAUGAGCAUGCAAAAAAUAAAAAGUUGGAAGAUGAGCUGGAUGCACUCAGAAGAAGUUGCAGUGAGCAAAUGAAAAAGAUCACAACUCUUACACAGCAAAUAGAGCAAAUUACUAUUGUUAAAAAGAAAAGUGAAGAGGACUUACAGCAGCAGAGGGAAACUUUAGACAGUCAACUUAGAGAUCAGCAGAGAAAUAUUGAUGAGCUGAGUAAACUUGUAACUGAGGUUGAGAGUCUUCGUCGGCAGCUGCAUGUAGAGCAAGAAAACUUACGACAGGCUCAUAUCAGAAAUGAGCACUUGCAGAAAACCAUAGAAGAGAGAAACAAAAGCUUAAAUGAGAGUAAAAUAGAAAUAGAAAGGCUGCAGUCUAUCACAGAAAAUCUGACUAAAGAGCACUUAAGGCAGGAAGAAGAGCUGCGCUAUAUUAGAUUGGAAAAUGAAGAAGUCAAAAAGUGUAAAGAUGAAGUGGAUGGUGAAAAAAAUGCUACUAUUACAGAGCUAAAGAGCCAGCUACAAAUCAGCAACAAGCGAUCAUUGGAGCUACAGGGCCUAAUUAAUGAGUUACAGAAAGAGAGACAAAAUUUGAGACAGGAAAUUGAAAAAUUCCAAAAGCAAGCACUAGAGGCAACUAGUAAGAUACAGGAAUCCAGUACGAAAUGUUCUGAAAUUUUCCAAGAAAAGGAAAGCCUACUCAUGAAACUAAAACUUUUGGAACAAGAGAAAGUAAGGCUUCAACGUCUGGAAGAGGAACUAAGCCGUGCAAAGGCUUCACUAGAUGCAGAAACCAGGAGUAAGCAGCGCUUGGAAGAAGAGAAGCAGCAAAUUCGAAAUGAAUUUAAUCAGUGGAAGAGUCAAUAUACACGGAAGGAGGAGGAUGUGAAGAGGGUUGAAAGUGACUGGCAGAGGAGUGAGAGAGAAAAAGUUUCAUUGAAAAGUGAAAUUGAAAGAUUGCAGGCAGAGAUUAGGUCAAUUGAAGAACGAUGCAGACGUAAAGUAGAGGAGACACAUCGAUCAACCCAGGCAGAGUUGGAAGCAAAACAGAGUGCGCUGCAAUGGGAGUUAGAAAAUCUUAAGAAGCGUCCUCUUAGUUCAAGUAAGCAGAUUCAGACUGAUGAGGACAUGGCAAUAGAUCCUUCAAAGUUUGUUUUUGAUGGGCUGAAGAAAAAGAUUACAGCACACCAGCUUCUUGAAUGUCAAAUAUUAACAAAGUCAACUUUUGAAAAAUUAAUAAAGGGACAAAAAUCAUUUGAAGAGGUAGCAGCUGAGAUUGAACCUUAUUUGAAGGGUGCUGGUGUAAUUGCUGGUGUCUCUGUUACACCUAAAGAAAAAUAUUCAUUUGUGGAAGCUAAAAGGAAGAAACUGAUUUCUCCUGAAAGUACAGUCAUGCUACUAGAGGCUCAAGCUGCAACAGGAGGAAUAAUAGACCUGCAGAAGAAUGAGAAGCUAUCCGUAGACAAUGCUAUAGCCAGGGACCUAAUUGAUUUCCAAGACAGAGAAGCCUUGUAUACUGCAGAAAAAGCAGUCACUGGUUUUAAAGAUCCUUUCUCUGGAAAGAUAGUAUCUGUUGCUGAAGCUAUUAAGAAAAAUUUAAUUAGCCGGGACGUUGGUAUGCGGUUUCUAGAAGCCCAAGUGGCAGCUGGAGGAAUAGUAGACCCAGUAAACAGUGUGUUUUUGCCUGUUGAAGUUGCAUUAUCUCGUGGCUUGAUUGAUCGGGAUUUAAACAGCUCAUUAAAUGAUCCCAGUAAUGAUGCAAAGAAGUUCCUAGAACCAGUCACUAAGAAAAAUGUAAGUUAUGCACAGCUUAAACAGAAAUGCAGAGUUGAGGCUCACUCAGGACUUCUUUUGCUACCAGUAAUGAAGAAAAGCAUCUCAUUCCAAGGCAUUAGACAAGCAGUUUCUGUGAAUGAGUUAGUGGAGUCGGGUAUCAUUCGUUCAUCUACAGUAGAUCAACUAGAAGCUGGGCAAAUUUCUGUGGAAGAAGUCAGUGAACGAAUCAAAGACUUCCUGCAGGGAUCCAGUUGUAUUGCUGGAAUCUUUAAUGAGGCUACAAAAGAAAAAUUAGGGAUUUACGAUGCAAUGAAAAAAGGCUUACUAAGACCAGGAACCACACUUGAACUACUAGAAGCACAGGCAGCCACUGGAUUUAUAGUAGAUCCGGUAAAUAAUCUAAGACUUCCAGUUGAAGAAGCUUACAGAAGAGGUCUUGUUGGAAUUGAAUUUAAGGAAAAACUAUUGUCUGCAGAAAGGGCAGUGACAGGUUACAAAGACCCAGAAACUGGGAACAUUAUAUCUUUAUUUCAGGCUAUGAACAAAGAACUUAUUGAAAAGGGACAUGGUAUCCGCUUGCUGGAAGCUCAAAUUGCCACUGGUGGAAUCAUUGAUCCCAAAGCAAGUCAUCGUUUACCAGUUGAUGCUGCUUACAAGCGUGGAUACUUUAACCAAGAAAUGAAUGAAAUUCUUUCUGAUCCAAAUGAUGAUACCAAAGGCUUUUUUGACCCAAACACAGAAGAAAAUCUGACAUACCUGCAACUAAAAGGAAGAUGCAUUGUUGAUGAUAAAACAAAUCUUUGCCUACUGCCACUAAGAGAGAAGAAAAAGUUGGUACAAGCAUCCCAAAAGAAAACUUCUAGGAAGCGUAGAGUGGUCAUAGUAGAUCCAGACACAAACCGAGAAAUGACAGUACAAGAAGCUUAUAGCAAAGGUCUUAUUGAUCAUGACACCUAUCUGGAUCUUUCAGAACAGGAGUGUGAAUGGGAAGAAAUAACUAGCACGGGUUCAGAUGGUUCAACCAGGGUUGUCCUUGUUGAUAGAAAAACAGGAAACCAGUAUGAUGUCCAAGAAGCAAUAGAAUUGGGCGUAAUCAGCAAAAAUGAUUUUGAACAAUAUCGUUCUGGUACUUUUAGCCUUACUCAAUUUGCAGAUAAGAUCUCCAACAAAAAUCUAAGUGAUGAUGUGUUAUUUACUUCGAGGCAAGAUUCUCUUUCCUCUCCCAGGUUUCGAACCAGUUCAUGGUCUAAAAGUGGCUCAUUUUCAGACACCUUAGAAGAAUCCAGUCCUAUUGCAGCAAUAUUUGAUACAGAAAAUUUAGAAAAAAUCUCAAUCUCAGAAGGCAUCAAACGUGGUAUUGUUGACACAAUAACUGGACAGCGCUUAUUGGAGGCACAAGCAUGUACUGGAGGGAUUAUAAACCCAACCAGUGGACAGAAACUCUCUUUGCAAGAUGCUGUCACCCAAGGCAUAAUAGACCAUGAUAUGUCAGCCAGGCUCAAGCAAUCUCAAAAAGCUUACUCUGGUUUUGAUGGAGUUAGAGGACAGAAAAAAUUAUCUGCUGCAGAAGCCAUUAAGGUAAACUGGCUGCCAUAUGAGGCUGGACAACGCUUUCUUGAGUUCCAGUACUUAACAGGAGGCCUUAUUGACCCAGAAACACAAUUAAGAAUUACUACAGAAGAAGCAAUUCGGAAGGGCAUGAUUGAUGGCCGUGGUGCUCAGAAGUUACGAGAUAUAAACAGCUACCCUAAAAUUCUCACCUGUCCAAAAACUAAACUGAAAAUAUCCUACAAAGAAGCGUUUGAUAAAUCAAUGGUUGAAGACAUAACAGGUUUACGAAUGCUGGAAGCUGCUUCAGUGUCAUCUAAAGGCAUAAGCAGUCCAUAUAAUGUGUCCUCAGCACCUGGAUCCCGUUCAGGAUCUCGUUCUGGUUCACGCAGUGGAUCCCGAAGAGGAAGUUUUGAUGCUGGAUCUUCCGCCUCUUCCUCUUACAGUUAUACUUUCCAGUCUAUUAGUAAUGGCUCUUUGGGGAACUAAUUGGUAAUGGGGAUUAACUAUCUACAGUAGGGAACGUUACUAGUUUUGCCUUUUUUUAAAAUGUAGAUGGGGAAAUUAAAAUUGCUUGUUUUUUUCUAAUUUGAGAAUUUUGAAUAUGUGCACUGAAUAUGAGAGAAUUUAAACUUGUCGUUAUGAGGGACUACAUUUUUUUUUUAAGCCGAUCACUACUAAAAUGGUUAAAGAAAACAAUGCCAUUUGUUUAGGAAAAUAGGCAUAACAUACAUUAUUUGUAUUGUAGUUAACAUUUGGUGUGCCUUUUCUAUAAAGUCUGUGCUAGUAAAAGCUUUGUUAGUGAAUGCUUCCUAGCUGUUUUUUAAUAUUCUCCUGGAUUUUUACAAUUGGAGAUGAAUUUCGUAUUGUAAUUUCUUCCAAAAUGCUAUAAAGGUUAGGAUUCCAUACCAUAUAUUUUUUUAUAUAAACUUACUCUACGAUUGCUAGCUCAAUAUUUGCAAUACUAUUUACAUCUACUGUGUGUGGUGCCUAAGAUUUUUGUUUUCAUUCUUGCUUCUUUGUUAUAUUUGCUGGCAAUAAAGUUUGAACCAUUUCAAAUGUUA